CAGCAGCUUACAAGAUUGAACUUCUUCUGUCGGAACCUAGUAGGAGUUUCCAACCAUGGAGGAGUCUCCUGAUGUCGUCGUCGCUCCGGCUAGGAGACCUAGCGACCAUGGGCUGCGUAAUCGGCUUAGCAGUACCACCGAUAGACAGGAACAAGGCACGGUCCCUGGAACCUCUGUGUCGGAGCAUCCCCCACCUGAGCGAAAUGUCGACACCGACUUGAAACGGAGUCAGUCCGUGGCUGUUGGAGCAUACCAUGUCCAAGAGCCGGACGCUUCUCCUGUUGGUAUUCGGAAGUACGGAAGCGGAUCGUUCUUGGGUGGGCUUACCGGAACGCUUCCGGAAAGCUCCAUAAGGACAUCCUUAAGCCGAUCAAGGGGAGCUUCAUUGGCGAUAAGCCGGGAUGCGGAAAGGGAGGCAAGAGCGGCGUCAGUUUUCCCUGAAGAGAAACUUGGGAAUCUGGCACCAAUUAAAGUGGAAAGGAGCAACAGUGCAGUGGGUACUCACACACAAGGGCUGCUCUGCUCCUUGGCUCAUGGAGACAAAAACUUGAAUGGCAUUCGAAGCGUUACUCGUUUGAUGAACACAGGCCCUCAGACCAAGCAAGCAGUCUGCAACAUGUGUGGUGAUGCCUUGCCAUCGGAUGAAGAAUACGCACCAUGCGAGUGUGCUUUCAGGAUGUGCACCAUCUGCUUGGAUCAUGUGCACAAGUAUGAACGAAACCGUUGCCCAGGCUGUGGAGGAGACCUUCGCAGCCGAGAACAAUGGACCAUUAUGCAAGCAAUGCUCAAUGAAACACCUCGGGGUAGCACUUCCUCUCCUUCGCGUCUCGCAAGGACAGCAUCAAAGCAGCUGCAGAGCAUAACGGAGAUUGAACAAUCAGGACCACAGUUACACGGAGAAAAAGGUAUUGUACCUCUUCAGCAAGAUAGCGCCAUCAUUCAAACCAGUCAGCCCCAGUAUGGGUAUGGCAGUGUCGCUUGGCAGCAGCCACCAACUAAGGCACCUGAACGGGCUGUCCCCAUAGCUGACUGGAAGAAGAAGAGCUUGGCGAGAAAGUUGAGCUACCCUGGCAGCAUUAUUGGGCCCUACAGGAUUGUUCUGUUCAUUCGCCUUUGUUCAAUCCUGGGAUUUCUUCAGUAUCGGGUUGCCAACCCCACAGAGACAGGAUAUUGGCUCUGGCUGAUGUCUGUCGUUUGCGAGAUAUGGUUUGCUGUUUCUUGGGUCCUUGACACACUCCCGAAGUUGACCCCAGUCAAGAGAGAGACGUACAAAGAUAGACUGAAAGCUGUGUAUGAUGACGGAGGCGAAACGCUCCCGCAGUUGGAUGUUUUUAUCACGACUGCUGAUGCUACGAAGGAGCCACCUCUGGUCACAGCAAACACGAUACUUUCUGUUUUGGCGACCAACUAUCCACCUGACAGAAUUGCGUGCUACCUGUCUGAUGAUGGGGCGUCCAAGCUGAUGUUUGAUGCCAUGGCCGAGACUGCUGGCUUUGCACGACUUUGGGUUCCUUUUUGCAAGAAACAUAACAUCGAACCAAGGUCCCCAGAUGCUUACUUCAGCCAGAACGUGGACUUUCUGAAAAACAAAGUGCAUCCUGAUUUUGUGAAGACUCGACGCAAGGUCAAGAGAGAAUAUGAAGAGUUUAAAGUUCGCAUGAAUGCAUUGGUUGCUGAGAGCCGUUUUCCACCGGAGGAAGGCUGGAUGCUGGAGGAUGGAACCCCGUGGCCGGGCAACAAUAGGCGCGAUCACGAUGGGAUUAUUCAGGUAUUUCUACACCCUGAUGGAGACGUUCGUGAUUUUGAGGGAGGUGUCCUUCCACCCCUCAUCUACGUUUCACGAGAGAAGAGGCCUGGGCAUGAUCACAACAAGAAAGCUGGAGCAAUGAACGCUCUAUUGAGAGCCAGUGGGUUGAUUACUAACGGCGCUGUGCUGAUGAACUUGGACUGCGAUCACUACGUCAACAAUGCUGAUGCGAUUCGUGACGCUCUUUGCUUCUUCUUGGAUCCCAUUCAAGGCUACACUACCGGAUUUGUGCAGUUUCCCCAGCGUUUUGAUGGAAUUGACAGGAAUGACCGUUAUGCAAAUCACAACACUGUGUUCUUUGACAUCAACAUGAAAGGUCUCGAUGGCCAGCAGGGGCCUGUAUAUGUUGGAACUGGAUGUUUCUUCCGUCGCCGUGCCCUCUACGGUUAUUUCCCCCCUCCUAAUCCAAGUAAGCUUGGCAUCUCAAAAAAGGCCAAGAAUGGUCUGUGGAACUACCUGUGCUGCUGCUGCCUUCCCCGGAAGACAAAGGAAGAACCUAAUUCAGAGUCACUGGAUGGACAUGAAUCAAACGAUCAGGAUUCCGUUCAACUGGUGAAGAAGCCAAAGAUUCCAGCACGAUUGGGUGCGUGUGCCCAUUUCGUCAGCACAGCAACGGGCGAUGAGAACAUGUCUGGCGAUGUCGAGGAGCAACCUCUGAGCCCAAGGUCUAUGCUGAGUGAUGUAGUUCUUACCAUCAGCUGUGACUAUGAGGCCAACACAGACUGGGGCAAGGAUGUGGGAUGGAUGUAUGGCUCCGUAACAGAGGACAUUCUAACCGGGAUGAAGAUUCACACACGUGGAUGGCGUUCUGCAUAUUGUGAUCCAGACCGUGCUGCAUUCAAGGGAUCAGCUCCUUUGAACAUGACAGACCGUCUGCACCAAGUUGAGAGAUGGGCAACAGGUGCUGUGGAGAUAUUCUUCAGUGGAAGAAACCCAUUAUGGUCUCAGUGGGGCACUAAGUUAAAACUCCGCCAACGAAUAGCGUAUGCGAACAACGCGUUCUAUCCGUUUACAAGUGUGGCAAUCUUUGCAUACUGUCUCCUGCCACCCCUUGCACUGCUUACGGACUUCUUCUUUGUUCCAACGCUGGAUCGUUACGCAGUCAUCUGGUUUGCUGUGCUUAUCCUCUCGUUCCUGGCGUCCUCUGUGCUGGAGCUGAAAUGGAGCAAAGUGUCUUUUGAAGCAUGGUGGAGGAACGAACAGUUUUGGCUCAUUGCAGGAAUAAGUUCCCACUUUGCAGCCGUUGUGCAGGGUUUGCUAAAAGUUAUUGCUGGAUUGGAGAUCAGUUUCACGUUAACUUCAAAAGGUGGAGAUGACGGAGAUGUGGAUGAGCUACACACUUUCAAAUUCUCGUGGCUGCUCCUUCCUGGGUGUUUCAUUGGUCUUUUCAACAUCCUGGGCAUCAUUGUGGGGGUUGGACGGGCCAUGAGUUCAGAUGGUUCACAGGAAUGGGGAAAGCUUGCUGGCAAGCUGGUGUUCAGUUUCUGGGUCCUUAUCCACCUUUAUCCAUUUGCCAAGGGUUUGCUCGGGAAGAGGGAUCGUGUUCCCACAAUCGUCAUUGUCUGGUCGGUGCUUCUUGUGGUCACCGUGGCUCUCCUGUGGUCAAACUUUAUUGGAGGAAGCUUCUGAGAGAGUUAUGCCCGCUGCUCUUGCUGGAGGCUACUGAUUCUAGCCCGUCUUUAUACAUUUCCAAAGCGAAGUAGGUACCGUAAUAUUAAUGUUCUGCUGAUGCAGUGUAUUCUUUCUUUAGGACAUUAGUGUCAAAGCUAGCUAGGUAGGAAGAGACUGUCAAAUUACAUAGGUUAUAUAUAAUUGUAGGCUUGGUAGGUGUUACUGAAACCUACUGUAGAGGGUACAGCCCCCUCCUUGUAUCCCUCUCUCUUCUAAUCUCGACCUCUUUUUUCUCUCGUAUCUUUUGGUCCCUUCCUA